CAACACUCUAUUGCUUUCUUUUUUAAUAAAGAAAGAAACGCAAAAGCAGAAAACCUCUCAGUUCGUCGUUGAAUGCAAAAUCCACUCCGUCGUCGCUAUCCCGGUCGGAGAUGAUCGUUGUUCACCACCAGGAUAUGAAUCAAUCCUCUUAAAUUACCAGAACUGCCUUUAAAACAUGGGUGGAGGUGGCUAUGAGUCGGGAAGUGCUUCCGGUGAUGAUGAUGACGAGGAAUAUGAUGAAGUCGGGGGUAACCAUUUUUUGGGUUUUAUGUUUGGGAAUGUUGAUAAUUCUGGUGAUCUUGAUGCCGAUUACCUUGAUGAGGAUGCAAAGGAGCAUCUUGCCGCACUAGCUGACAAGUUGGGUUCGUCAUUGACAGAAAUUGAUUUGUCAGUGAAAUCACCCCAAACAUCCACUGACGCUGCAGAACAAGAUUAUGAUGCAAAGGCAGAAGAUGCAGUUGAUUAUGAAGAUUUUGAUGAACAGUAUGAGGGGCCUGAGAUUCAAGCUGUUAGUGAGGAGGACUAUUUGUUGUCAAAAAAGGAUUAUAUGUUGUCUGAAUCCACGUUGCAGCCUCCCAUAUCUGAUGAUGAAGAUUAUGAUGAAGGUGUGAAAGAGGAACUUGAAAAGGAACCUGUGGUUUCGGAUAAAAAACUUGAAGUUCAAACAGCUUCUCUAUCAGGUUCACUCUUAGGUCAGCAAGAUGUUGGAGUAGUUUCCGGAGAACUUGUCUCCGUGGGUUUUGAAAGUUCUGAUGUUGAAUUCGUAGAUAUUCAUGAGGAGGAAACCGAUACUGUCAAGGGGUCUCUAGAUAAAGGUCACACUCCACUUCCUAUUUUGUGUAUAGAAGAUGGGAUGGAGAUCUUACGGUUCUCCGAAAUAUUUUCUAUUCAUGAACCCUUGAAGAAAGGAGAAAAAAGAGAUCAUAGAUAUUCCAUUUUGAAAGAGAAGUAUACAUCUAUGGAUGUUUCUGAUAUUGUUGAAGAGGAUGAAGAGGCGUUUUUAAAGGACUCUGGUCAAAUGCUUCCAUCACAUUUGCAUGUAAAUCAACAUGACAUCUCAAUCUUCAGCGAAGAUGCCUCAGAGUUAGCAAGAUUUGGAUCUAUGCAUGGAGCUAUUCAAAUGUCUGUUCAAAUUGAGGAACAAAGAAGGAACUCUUAUCUUAGUGCUGAACCAUUGAACAAGGAUGUGGUAUGGAAGUCUCCAUUGGAUUCAAAAUUCAACCCCCUUGAUCAGCACGAUUGGGAAGAGAGAAUUCUCUGGGACAAUUCCCCAGUUAUCAGUGACAAUUCUGUGGAGAGUUGUGAUCAGUCUGGAUCUGAAUUGGGAUCUUCAUUUGUUAUAGAAACUGAACAAGUGACUAGUCCACCAAAUCUUCAUUCAGAGCACCCAGUGGAGUUAAACGAGAACCUUGAUAACUGUUUUUGGAACAGGUCUUAUGUUCUCUUGGAGUCCUUUGGCUCAGGAGAUUAUUCAGAACCUGGAAAUCUUCCAUUAUUAGAAAGCAGAUGCCAUCCACAACUUUUGAGAUUGGAAUCUCGCCUGGAAGAGGAUAGCUCUAAUCAUGUUAAUGAUAGAAGAGAGAAUAACGCUGUGGAGCUUCACAAAAGUGAUGCUCUAAGGCGUUUUAGCAAGCUCACAUUGCAAAAUAGAGACUUGAUGGAAGGAUCUUGGUUAGAUGAUAUAAUAUGGGAACCAUGUGAAGCUAACAUAAAGCCUAAGCUGAUUCUUGAUCUUCAAGAUGAGCAGAUGCUCUUUGAAAUUUUGGAUCACAGGGAUAGUAAGCAUCUUCAACUUCAUGCAGGGGCAAUGAUUAUAACUCGACCCCUAAAGCAAAAGGUUUCUCAUGAGCUACUAGGCUGUGGAAAUCGAUCUGGUUGGCAAUUUAACAUUGCUAAUGACAAGUUCUACAUGAACAGGAAAAAUUCUCAGCGAUUGCAAUCAAAUUCUAACAAACGAACUGCUUAUGGCAUUAAAAUUCAUCACUCUGCACCUGCAAUAAAGCUUCAGACAAUGAAGUUGAAGUUGAGCAAUAAAGAUCUAGCUAAUUUUCAUCGACCAAAAGCUUUAUGGUAUCCUCAUGACCAUGAGGUGGCUGUCAAAGAACGAGGGAAGCUACCUACUGCAGGACCAAUGAAAAUUAUUUUAAAGAGCUUAGGAGGCAAAGGAAGUAAGGUACAUGUGGAUGCUGAGGAAAAUAUCUCAUCUGUCAAAGCAAAAGCUUCAAAGAAGCUAGAUUUCAAGCCAUCAGAAACUGUGAAGUUAUUUUAUUUGGGGAAGGAGCUUGAAGACCAUAAAUCUCUUUCUGCUCAUAAUGUUCAGCCAAACUCCUUGCUUCAUCUAGUUCGAACAAAAAUUCACUUGUGGCCUAGGGCACAAAAGAUUCCGGGUGAGAACAAGUCUCUGCGCCCUCCAGGGGCAUUUAAGAAGAAAUCCGACCUUUCUGUGAAAGAUGGUCAUGUUUUUCUAAUGGAGUAUUGUGAGGAAAGACCUUUGUCAUUAAGCAAUGCUGGUAUGGGUGCCAAUCUCCGCACUUACUAUCAGAAGUUGAGCCCCAGUGAUCAAACUGGUAUCUUAUUGCGCAAUGAAAAAAGCAGCUUGGGGAACGUUGUGAUACUAGAGCAGACUGACAAAUCCCCUUUCCUUGGAGACAUAAAAGCUGGUUGCAGACAAUCAUCUCUUGAAACAAACAUGUAUAAAGCGCCAUUAUUUCCCCACAAGGUGCCUCCUACUGACUAUUUGUUGGUUCGUUCUGCGAAAGGAAAGCUUUCUAUUAGACGCAUUGACAGAGUUGCUGUCGUUGGACAACAGGAGCCCCUUAUGGAGGUAUUAACUCCUGCUUCUAAGAAUCUUCAGGCAUAUAUCUUAAAUAGGCAAUUACUGUAUCUUUAUCGUGAGUUCCGAGCUGCCGAGAAGCGUGGGAUGCUUCCUUGGAUCCGCGCAGAUGAGCUGUCCGCUCAUUUUCCAAACAUUUCGGAGACCAUCUUGCGGAAGAAGCUCAAGGAGUGCACAAUUUUGCGGAAGAAUGCAAAUGGACACUUGUUUUGGGCAAAGAAGCGUGAUUUUAUCAUUCCAUCUGAAGAGGAAUUGAAAAAGAUGGUCUUACCAGAGAAUGUUUGUGCCUAUGAAAGCAUGCAAGCUGGUCUGUAUCGUCUUAAACACUUGGGGAUUACAUGGCUAACACUUCCCACUAGUGUUUCGACUGCAAUGAGUCAGCUCCCUGACGAAGCAAUAGCUUUGGCUGCAGCGUCACACAUCGAGAGAGAACUUCAGAUAACUCCAUGGAGCCUGAGCAGCAAUUUUGUUGCUUGUACAAACCAGGAUAGAGAAAAUAUUGAGCGCCUUGAAAUUACUGGUGUUGGUGAUCCAUCUGGCCGGGGCCUAGGAUUUAGCUAUGUUCGUACUGCUCCCAAGGCACCAAUUUCAAAUGCAGUAGUGAAGAAAAAAGCAGGUGCUGGUCGAGGAGGUUCCACUGUUACUGGGACAGAUGCUGACCUUCGUAGAUUGAGCAUGGAGGCUGCAAGAGAGGUACUUCUGAAGUUCAAUGUACCUGAUGAGCAGAUUGCAAAACAGACAAGGUGGCAUCGUAUUGCCAUGAUACGCAAGCUAUCAAGUGAACAAGCUUCAUGUGGGGUAAAGGUUGAUCCAACAACUAUCAGCAAAUAUGCACGUGGCCAACGAAUGUCCUUUCUUCAGCUACAUCAACAGACAAGAGAAAAGUGCCAAGAAAUUUGGGAUCGUCAAGUUCAAUCUCUUUCAGCAUUGGAUGGCGAUGAAAUUGAAAGUGAUUCUGAAGCAAAUAGCGAUCUGGAUUCCUUUGCUGGAGACCUAGAAAACUUACUUGAUGCAGAAGAAUUUGAAGGAGACGAGAAUAAUUACGAGUCCAAGCAUGACAAAGGAGAUGGUGUUAAGGGGAUAAAAAUGAGAAGACGCCCAUCGCAAGCUCAGGCAGAAGAGGAAUUUGAAGAUGAAGCUGCUGAGGCAGCUGAACUGUGCAGGUUGCUUAUGGAUGAUGAUGAGGCUGAGCAGAAAAGGAAGAAAAAAACAAGAAAUGUUGGUGUUGAUGCAGUAGUGACACCUACGAAACCAAAUUUUGUUGACAAUGUUCACUGGGGUAAGAAAAUGAACAAAACCCAACCCAAUGGAUCAUAUGCACUAAAACAGAACAACAUUAGAGACUUGAAGGAGCUUGAAACCUUAUCUAUCAAGGGGAAGAUGUCUGAGAAGGUGAAAACAGUGAAAAAGAAUGGUGCCUUCAACACACCUCCACUGAAGGCAAAAGUAAUAAUGGCAGAUGGACUUAAUCAUAUUUUCAAGGAGAAGAAAUCAGCAAGAGAGAGAUUUGUUUGCGGAGCCUGUGGACAGCUUGGACACAUGAAGACCAAUAAAAACUGCCCUAAGUACGGAAAGGAGCCUGAAACACCAUCAGAAACUAUAGAUUUGGAAAAGUCUUCUAGAAAAUCCACUUCCCAGGAUCUCUUGAAUGUGUCCCAGCAUAAGUUGCAGAAGAAGAAGAUGAUCUCCAAAAACUCAACCAAAAUUGAAGCUGCUGAGGGUGAAAAAUCUAGUUUAGCAAAAUCUCUUCCAGUGAAGUUCAAGUGUGGUUCCACAGAGAAAUUUUCUGAUAAACCUUCUGAUGGGGCUGCGGAUACUUCUAAUCAACCUACCACGUCCAAUGUCCGACCUGUCAGCUCUGAUAUUGACACUGGGAGUAGGGCAACUUCUAAGGUUAGUAAAAUAAAAAUUUUCAACAAGGUGAAACCUGAAAACGUACAGGUUGAAUCACAUAAGCCAUCUAUUGUGAUACGACCCCCAAUGGAUACCGAGAGAGGCCAAAGUGAAUCACAUAAGCCCUCUAUUGUGAUACGACCACCAACAUACAUGGACAGAGACCAUGUUGAUCCUCAUAAGCCCUCCAUUGUGAUACGUCCACCAGCAGAAAAAGAUAGAAAAAAGACUCAAAAGAAAAUUGUUAUCAAACAGCCCAAAGAGAUUAUUGAUCUGGACCAGGUUAGUCAGGAUGGAAGCCCUGGUUAUGAGCAUCGAAAAACUAAAAAAAUAGUUGAACUGUCCAGUUUUGAGAAGCCUGGGAAAACCAUGCGUUUCUCUGGAGAGUCGGCUAAGAGGAAAGCUAGGGAGGACAGAAGAUGGUGGGAAGAGGAGGAGAAGCAGAGAGCUGCCGAGAGACAGAGAGAAGAUAGAGCAAGGAGGAUUUUUGCAGAAGAAAUGAGGUCACGUGAAGAACGAGAAGAACGAGAAAAAUUAGCUGAGAUUGAAAGAUACACAGAAACCAUCAGAUGGGAUUGGGAGGAGGAAGAACGCCAAAAAGCCAAAAAGAAGACGAAGAAGAAGAAGAAAAAGCCCGAAAUCAGUGAUCACUUGGAUGAUUUCAGGGCAGACAGAAAUGAGAGAAGGAUGCCAGAAAGAGAUCGGGGUGCAAAAAGGCGACCUGUUGUUGAUGUGGGGAAUUAUGGUGCUGAUUAUACCCCGGCAACCAAGCGUCGUAGAGUUGGAGAGGUUGGAUUGGCAAACAUCUUGGAAGGUAUUGUGGAUGCUCUUAAAGAUAGGUUGGAAGUGUCCUAUCUUUUCUUGAAACCGGUCCUGAAGAAGGAGGCUCCUGACUACUUGCACAUCAUAAAACGCCCCAUGGAUCUUUCAACUAUUAAGGACAAGGCGAGGAAGAUGGAAUACAAGAACCGAAACGAGUUCAGACAUGAUAUGUGGCAGAUUGCUUACAAUGCUCACUUGUACAACGAUGGACGGAACCCUGGUAUUCCUCCCCUUGCAGACCAGCUUCUGGAAAUAUGUGAUUUCUUGUUGAUGGAGAAACAGGAUAGCUUAUCUGAAGCUGAAGCUGGUAUUUGAAUCAUUGGUUUCUAAUCUUUCAUUAUUUGUCCCAAACCCCCAGGUGGAAAAAUCAAUUUUUAAUUUUUUUUUUUUUUCCUUUUCCUGGGGUUGAUAAGGGUUAGUAACAAAAUAAGUUGAGUUCGGGCACAGAAGCUUGCACGGCAGUUAUGCCCUUGUAAAAUAACGAGCCAUAUCUCUUGUACAUCUGAGUAGAUCUGUCACAUCUUGUCCUCA